CCAACCAGAUACGGCCAACAUGCUGCGGUCAAACUACACCACGGUGUCUGAAUUCAUCCUCAUUGGCUUCUCUACCUUCCCGAAGCAUCUCCUGCCUGCCUUCUUUCUGCUUUUCCUGCUCAUGUACCUGUUCACACUGCUGGGGAACUUGCUCAUCAUGGCCACCAUCUGGAGCGAGCACAGCCUCCACACCCCCAUGUACCUCUUCCUGUGCGCCCUCUCCAUCUCCGAGGUCCUCUACACCUUCGCCAUCAUCCCGCGCAUGCUGGCUGACCUGCUCUCUACCCAUCGCUCCAUCUCCUUCACUGCCUGUGCCAGUCAGAUGUUCUUCUCCUUCACGUUUGGCUUCACCCACUCCUUCCUGCUCACUGUCAUGGGCUAUGAUCGCUUCGUGGCCAUCUGUCAUCCCCUGCGCUACAACAUGCUCAUGAGCCCCCGUGGCUGCACCUGCCUGGUUGCCUGGUCCUGGGCUGGUGGCUCAGUCAUUGGAAUGCUGGUGACAUCGGUCAUUUUCCACCUCACUUUCUGUGGGCUCAAUGAGGUCCACCACUUCUUAUGUCAUGUGCCCCCACUAUUGAAGCUGGCCUGUGGAAAUAAUGUACCGAGUGUGGCCCUGGGGGUGGGCCUGGUGUGUAUCACAGCCCUGCUGGGUUGCCUUCUCCUCAUUCUCCUCUCUUAUGCCUUCAUCGUGGCCACCAUCUUGAAGAUACCUUCCUCUGAGGGUCGGCACAAAGCCUUCUCCACGUGUGCUUCUCACCUUACUGUGGUCAUUGUGCACUAUGGCUUCGCCUCUGUCAUCUACCUCAAGCCCAAGGGUCUCUACUCUCAGGAAGGCAAUACUCUGAUGGCCAUCACCUACACCGUCCUCACUCCCUUCCUCAGCCCCAUCAUCUUCAGUCUCAGGAACAAGGAGCUGAAGAACGCCAUGAAGAAGACCUUCUUCAGCAAACUCUAUCCUUCCAGCAUCUGA